AUGUCGGCCGCAUCGGCAGUAAACGGAACUUUGGCUGAGCUUAAAAUGGACAAUCGGAAUAUCAAUGAUAGAAAGGGACCAAAAAAUGCCCCUAUAGUAAUUUUCUGCAUAUCUUGCACCACUUUCUUCAGCUCUUACCUUGGUGGCCUUGCCACUAUGUACACCCUGGCUACCGGAUGCACACUCCUCAUUUCUGGCGCUCUGUCGGACGCGGUGGGUAAUAGAGUACUAUUUCUGGCGGGGUGUUUUCUCCUCAGCAUCUUUUCCAUGGCCAGUGGACUGGCGCGAUCAGGUACCGAGCUCAUUAUUUUCCGAGCUAUCUCUGACGUGGCGGCGUCGCUCUGUUUGCCAUCUGCCAUGUGCAUCAUCACAGAGCAAUUUCUGACUGGGAAGCUCAGAAAUAAUAUUGCUCUUGCUUUGAUGGGCUCUGGUCAGCCAAUUGGUUUUGAGGUUGGACUCGUUUUUGGUGGUAUCUUCGCCGAUACUUUGUGGCAACUGCCCAGGAACAACGAAGGUCAAGAAGGCGUGUGGUGGACUCGUAUUGUGUUUGGCAUUGACUGGGCGGGAGCUUUCAUUAUAAGCCCAGCAUUGGCUCUGCUAUCUUAUGCAUUGGCAAUUAUAACCGAUGAUGUAUCCAAUAUAAAUGAAGCGGUCACCAUUGUGCUCUUGUGUCUCUUUGGCGUGCUAAUUCUUGGCUUCGUCUUGUGGGAAGGCCGACAGGAGCGCCAUUCUAAGCCUACAUUGAUCAAGAAUUCAUUGUGGAAGCAGGCUGCUUUUACAUGUAUCUCUGUAAUUGUGUUCAUGAUUUGGGGCUCCUUCAACGCUUUUGAACAAGUCGUUAACUUCUUUUUUCAAGAUGUGCAGGGUUUAUCUGUGCUCAAUACUUCAGUGCGAUUUAUCCCAGUCUCGGUUGUUGGCUUUGUGGUUAGUGUCAUCACAGGCAUGAUCUUGCAUCGUGUCCGGGCUGAUAUUCUUAUCAGUAUAGCUACGGUCAUUUCCUCUCUUUCUCCACUUCUCAUGGCGCUAGUGAAUCCAUCGUGGACGUACUGGCGCUGUGUAUUUUUCGCCAUGUGCAUGAACCCUGUUGCCGCAGAUGUUCUUUUCACAGUGUCAAACCUCAUCGUUGCGGGCAUGUUUCCUGCUGAGACCCAAGGUCUAGCAUCUGGGGUGUUCAAUACCGUCUCACAAUUCGGUAGAACCAUUGGUCUGGCUCUGGUUGCCCUAAUUUCUAAUAGCAUCACCGAAAGAACCUCUUCAGCUGAGGACAGACAAAGUCCAGAAGCCUUACUGUCGGGAUAUCUUGCAGCUUUCUGGUUUCUAUUUGCAAUGAACGUGACUAGUUUAGUCAUUGGUCUUUCUGGGUUGCGUAAAGUCGGCAACGUUGGAGAAAGAAAACAUUUAUGA